AUGAAUUACGUUGACAUCUAUGACAAUAGUAAAAAGGCUAUUGUUCAAUUGGUAAUUAGUCCAGACAAUGUUGUUCCAUCAAAUUAUUUUGUUGCAACAUUCCCUGGUGCCACUGGCUUAAUCUAUAAAAAUAGUGAUUCGAAUAAAUUUGUUUCAAUACCAAAAGAUGUUAACGGAAAUUUUCGCUGGGAAUGGAAUCCAAAUAUUGUCUACGAUGUAAUAUAUGCAGAUCCUUCUCGAAAUCGUUCAUUAUCAUCUUCAUCAAAUAAAUCGAAAUAUUCAAAUUGGUUUGCUGUAAUCGGAAGCAUCAUUUUUAUGUGGACCGGUUCAAUGAUACCGUCUCUUUGGUCUAAUAUCUAUGAAGAAAUUAUGAAAUAUAUCUUAUAUGAUCGAUCUAGCCACUCACCAACUGAAGGAUCAUCUUUUAUAAUACGAAUUAUUCUUUUGAUUAUUCUUUCGUUGAUCUAUAUUAUAUCUGCAAUAUUUGUAACACCAGCAUUAAUCAAAUAUCUAUUCAAUAAGGUUACAGCUUGCAUUCAGACGAUUGACUUACAAACGUUGGCUUAUCAUGCUCCAAGUCCAGUACCAUUUGUUCUUGAUAAUCGUAUUAAUGAAGCAUUGUGA